AUGUCGGAGCAGCUGGUAACAUGUGAGCUAACGUGCUCCGGCUCAGCGAGGGAACCCCCGGGGGAUCCUCCGAGGAGGGAGAGCUCGAACAUGGACCGGGAACAGCCCAUUUUCUCCGUGUUGAUCGGCGGUGCCAAGGACCGGACGGCGGCGGCGGCGGCGGUGGAGGAGGGGGACACCGCGGUGAGGAGCUCCGGUGGAGGAGCCGGCGGUGGAGGAGCAGCUUCUCCCUCCGCCACCUCCGACACCGAGUCCGGGAUCUUCUCCGGUGAGUGUGAGCUCUGCGUGGAGCACGAGUCCGAGCUCGACUGGUUCUGCGGCACCGAGCAGAAGCUCAUCUGCUCCCACUGCGCCAUCGUCGGCCCCUGCCACGGACACACCGUGACCCCCCUGGCCAAAAGGGUCUCAGCCAUCCGGAAUGAAAUGGUGGAUGUGUGUGAGAAAAUGCAGCUGCAGGCGCUGAGGAUGGAACGGUUCAUUGACCAGACGCUGACAGUCAAAGAGCAAAAGCUCCAGGCAUCGGCGAGCAGGGCGAGGGAGCAUGUGCUGGCUCAGGUCAGCGCAGCUCGGGAAGCCCUGGAGGAGGAGGAGCAGCGUCUGCUGGAGGAGGUGCAGAGGGAGGAGGAGCGGGUGGAGCAGUGUCUCCUCACCCAGAGGGCCCACUGGAGCCAGGCCCUGGUGAAUCUGUCUCAAACACGCUCACGUCUGGUGCACACGCUCACUCACACUCCCGAUACACAGCUAGUGACUAGCGUCCAGGACAUAGUUGAAAGGGUGGAGGAGGCAGAAGGGGUCGGGGAGCCCUGCGACACAGAGCAACUCAACCUGAACCCAGGCUGCAGUGACAGCAAGCUGCUGAGAGGUCUGUGGGCCACGGCCGUGCUGCUCGGUCCAAACGCUCAUGGAUCAUCGUCUUUAAAGUUUGACGGGCGCACAGUGAGCCCGCUCCUGUCCCUGUCUGAGGACUCCUGCACUUUGACCUUCCUCCUCAAAAAAACUCGCCAAUCGCCUCUCUACGACCCGGCACGAUUCGACUGUUGGCCCAAUGCGCUGGGUUCCCUGUCCGUGUUCUCCGGCACCCACAGCUGGAUGGUGGACGUGGGCCAAUGUGGCGCCUUCAAGGUCGGGGUCUGCUACGCCUCUCUGGAACGCAAAGGCUCCGGGAACAACGCGCGGCUCGGUUACAACGCUCAGUCCUGGGUGUUGUCUCGCUAUGACGGGGACUACUCCUUCUGCCACGCGGGGGAGAAGGUUCCCCUGCAGGUGGUGAGGACCCCCAAGAGGAUCGGCGUGCUGCUAGACUGGCCAAGUCAGACGCUGUUGUUUUACGAGCCGGACUCCUGCACCUUGCUGCACUGCAUCACGCAACACUUCAGCGCCCCGCUGCUGCUGGCGUGUGCCGUGACUGACCGCAGCAUCACCAUAGUACACUGACUCUC